AUGACAGAAAUUACAAAAGUCAACGAUGAUAUUCAGCAUAUAAAUAAUCAAUUAAUUAGUUAUCAUGGUUCCUUCCAACGUUUAAGUGAAGAAUAUUUGAAAAUACGAACGAAUUCGCAAGAAAUAAAUAUUAAACAAAAACUAGAAGAUUUUCGUGAUGCUACAUCUAAUGGAUCACUGGUAUGGAAAGUUGAAAAUUUCACUCAAAAAUUGAACGAUGCUCGAUCGGGACGACAAAUAUCAAUUGAGUCACCAUUAUUCUAUUCAUCACCAACUGGCUACAAAAUGUGCGCUCGAUUACAUAUGUAUGGUGAUGCUGAUGCUCAUGGUACACAUAUGUCUACAUUUCUUGUUCUUUUAAAAGGAGAAUAUGAUGCAAUUCUAACAUGGCCAUUUAAUUUUCGAGUAACAUUUUGUUUGUUUGAUCAAACUGGUCAAGGAUAUCAUAUUGUUGAUUCAUUUGAUCCUGAUACAACAUCACUUAGUGUUCAAAGACCCAAUUUAAAUAUGAAUAUUGCUAGUGGAAUACCGAAAUUUUGUCCAUUGGCAGUCAUCGAGCAAUCACAAAAUUAUUAUGUUCGUGAUGACACAAUGUUUAUUAAAAUUAAAGUCAACUUUAACUAUGAACUAAAGAUACCUCUACCAUAUACAGCACAAGAUAAUCCUGAAUUGCCGGUACAUAUACAAGACACCAUACAUCGUGAAAGAAUAAAACAUUAUCAGCAACUUCAAGAAAAACGUGAUGCUGAAACUAAAUGUAAUGACAGAGAAAUAUUGGAUCGUAGUUUAAUUCAUCAAAGUCUCUAA